AGCAACGGUGGCCACACCAGCGACUACUCGUCCUCACUGCCAUCCACCCCCAACGUGAGCCACCGGGAGCUGCGCAGCGAGACCCCGGCCCCACUGGGGACCCCCAGCUCUCUGCACCGCGGGGCCAAGCGCCGCACCAGCCUCUUCGCCACGCGCCGCGGAAGUGACUCUGAGAAGCGCAGCCUGGACAGCCGAGGCGAGGUGGCCGGCAGUGGCCGUGCCAUCCCCAUCAAGCAGAGCUUCCUGCUGAAGCGCAGCGGCAACUCCCUGAACAAGGAGUGGAAGAAGAAAUACGUGACCCUGUCCAGCAACGGCCUCCUCUUCUACCACCCCAGCAUCAACGAUUACAUCCACAGCACCCACGGGAAGGAGAUGGACCUGCUGCGCACCACGGUCAAGGUGCCCGGGAAGCGCCCGCCACGCGCCAUCUCUGCCUGCGGCCCCUCAGCCAGCAUCAACGGGCUGCUGCGGGAGCCCGAGCCGGGCGCCGGUGUCCACUCCGUGGGGCUGAGCCUGCCCCCUGAGCCAGGGCUGAAGGUGGUGGGCAAGGGGUCACUGCAGCGCUGCGCCUCCGCCUCCGGCGCCAAGCUCGCCUCAGAGUCCCCGUUGUCCUUCGAGGCCGUGUCCAGCCCCGGCAGCGCGGGCAGGGACCCUCCACCGUCGCCGCUGGUGGACAGGAAGAAGCACCGGCGGAAGAAGCUGAUGACGCCGUCCAAGACCGAGAGCUCGGGUGGGCAGGCAGAAGCCAAGCGCAAAAUGUGGAAAUUAAAAAGUUUUGGUAGUUUAAGAAAUAUUUAUAAAACAGAGGAGGAGAACUUUGAGUUUCUGAUCGUGUCAAGCACGGGGCAGACGUGGCACUUUGAGGCCGGCAGCUUCGAGGAGCGCGACGCGUGGGUUCAGGCCAUCGAGAGCCAGAUCCUGGCCAGCCUGCAGUGCUGCGAGAGCAGCAAGAACAAGGCGCGCAUGGACAGCCAGAGCGAGGCUGUGGCCAUCCAGGCCAUCCGCAACGCCCGCGGGAACUCGCUCUGCGUGGACUGCGGGGCACCCAACCCCACGUGGGCCAGCCUGAACCUGGGCGCCCUGAUCUGCAUCGAGUGCUCGGGCAUCCACCGCAACCUGGGCACGCACGUGUCGCGCGUGCGCUCGCUGGACCUGGACGAUUGGCCACGGGAGCUGACCCUGGUGCUCACGGCCAUCGGCAACGCCACCGCCAACAGCAUCUGGGAGCAGAACCCGCGCGGCCGCUGCAAGCCCACCCACGAGUCCUCCCGGGACGUGGGGCAGGUGGAGGUGGGCGAUUAUUUCUACCUGCAGCCGCUGCCCACCAAGCGGCGCCGGGCGCUGCUCCGCGCCUCGGGCGUGCGCAGGAUCGAUGCCGAGGAGCGGCAGGAGCUGCGGGCGCUGCGCCUGUCCCGCGAGCAGUGCGGCUGCCUCUGCCGCCUCACCUGCGAGCCGCGCACCUGUGCCUGCAGCCAGGCCGGCAUCCAGUGCCAGGUGGAUCGCACGUCGUUCCCGUGCGGCUGCUCCCGGGAUGGCUGCGGGAACGUGGCCGGGCGGAUCGAGUUCAACCCCCUGCGCGUCCGCACCCACUUCCUGCACACCCUGAUGAAGCUGGAGCUGGAGAACCGGCGGGAGGAGGAGGAAGAGGAGGGAGCAGCCGCCCUCCCUGGCCCCACCUGGCCGCCCCCACAGCCCCCUGAGACUCAGGACUUCCAGGAAUACCUGGCGGAGAACGAGCGGGCGGUGCUGCACCUGCAGACAGCCGAGGAGCUGGAGAGGCUGAAGGCUGAGGAAGACUCUGGAAGCGGCUCUGGGGGAGAGGGGGGUGGGGUCUGUGUCCUGGGGGAGCACCUGGAUGACACCUGGCAGGUGAAACCACCCCCGUGCCCCGGGCUCACCUCCACCAUCCUCAUCCCAGCCCAGUUCCCGCUGGAAUCUUCUGUCCUGUGCUACCCUGCCGGGCAGCCGGCCCCGGGGGGCUCCCAGCCUUACCUGCCCGAUGCACCUGGGCUCUACUGCCAGGUGGAGCCACGGGUGGGUGCCAAGGGUGGGAGUGGCCACAUGGAGCAUCCAGCUCCAGCCUCCAGCCCCCCUGGGAAGGAGCUGGGGGUGCCACCUGUCCCUGCUGCUGUGAGCAAGGGAGGAGCACCCCAAAAUCUCCCAGAGCACCUGGAGCACCCCCACCUGCCCAUAUGAGUGGCCUCAGGCCCUCUGGCUCCAUUAUUUAUUCCAUGGAUUGAUUAUUUAGUUUGGUGGGGGCUGCUCUGGACAGAGGAUUUGCCUGGCACAGGGCCAGGAGUCCUUCACUCACCUGACAGAGGUCACCUGUGCCAGGACUCACCUGAGCUGGAGCCUCCUGGAUCCCAUGGCAGCUCUGUCCCCCUAGCUGCCUCCACUUUCCUUAUUUUUAAGGGAAAAAGCCUUUUUUCCCUAACUCUUGUCUGUUUAAUGAAUGUUUCACCUGGGCCACAUCCCAUCCCACCUCAUCCAGGUGAUGCUCCCUCACCUGCAGCUGGGAUGGAUUGGGAAGCACCUGGAACUGCCACAGGAGACCCAGGACUGGAAUCCCCGAACUCAUCUGGAAAAUUCUGGGGAGUUGAACCAACUUCACCUCCUCGGUGGCCUGGAAUUGAUCACCUGUACCUGUCAGAACCUUCUGGAAUGUUCAUUCACUUGCUGGGAGAUCCUUCCAGCAGCUGUUGAGGAGCUGCCCUUGCAAGGACCAGGAUUUGGGGAUGUGAGGCUGCCGGAAUGUCCCUGCCCCCACCUGUGAUCCCGGCCCAUUCCUGGUGGGCUCUGUGCAUCCAGGUGGUCCUGGGCCGAUCCCUGCAGGUGUGCACAGGUGUCCCAUGGAUGCAAUGUCACCUGGCCCUGCCCUACCUGAUCCCUGAACUCUCGGUUGGCUCCUUGCCCAUCCCAGGUGAGCUCCAUCCAUCCAGGUGAGCCCCACCUGGCUGUGUUUCCCAAAGAACCUGUCCUGCCACUGCAGCACUCAGGAUCCAACCCAGUGGCAGCAGGAUCAGAGCCCUGCAGGUGUGCACAGGUGUCCAGCUCCUGCUAUCCCAUGGAUGUACCGUUCCUGGUGAGCCUGACUUUCAGUGAGAAGGAGCACCUGGAACUCCCUGUGCUGCUCCUCAGGUGCUUCCUGCUCACCUGUGCUCCUUCUGGCUCCGGGCAUCUCCACUGGCAUCAAACUGGUCAGACUGGGAUGGAUUCAGGUUCUCCAGGUGUGGAGUCUCCUGGAGAAUUCACCUGGUCCUUCCAGCCUUUCCUUGGGCUGGGAUUCAUGGAAACCCCGCCUGUGCUCCGGACCUUCCUGAGGCUCUGGGAUCUGUCUUGGGGUGAAACUUCUCAUUUCUGGGGCUUUUCCCUCUUUUUUGGCUCCAGCCAGGUGAAAUCAACCUGGGCCAGGAGCAAUUCCAGCCUGGGAGGAAAAUCAGGAUGUGGGGUGGGGCUGCUGCUCUCCAGCCCAGCCCAGGUUGGGUCUGUGCCCUUGGGAUUUGCUCACCUGCUCUUGGAUUGCUCUUGGAUGCUCUUGGAUUUUGGGAUCUGCUCACCUGCUUGGGCCUGUGCCCCAAAUCCUGCAUUCUGCUCGCCUGGACCCUACAGAUUGUGGGAUCUGCUCUGGAUCUGCUCACCUGGACACUCCCAGACCCUGGAUCUGCUCACCUGGUCUGGUCUGUGCCUUCAGGACCUGCUCACCUGGAUGCUCCCAGACCUUGGGAUCGCAGGGACCCAAAUCCCCCAAUCCAGCUGCUGCCACCCCUUUAUUUUCCUGACUUUUUUUGAUUUCACCGUUGGCUUUUCCAGCAAUUUUCCCACACUGGGGUCUGACCCCCCAGUUUUGGGGGUUGAGGGUCCCCUGGUGUUCCUGGGGGGGGUCACCUGCCCCCCGUGGGGGGUUAAAAAGGGGGUUCAGGAGGGGGUGAGGGUUUAAAAGGGG